GUGUGUGAUUUCGUUUUCAGAGACGGUAAAACCCCUCAAAACUUGGUAGAGGGUGCCAAAUUGUGGUGAAAAUUGUGCUCAUUCGUGCGGACGUACGAGUCGGAAGUGGAAAAGUCCGGUUCGGCCAUCGGGAACAUGCGAUCCGCGCUGGUAGGGCGCAUUAUCUAAACACUGGUUCGUUUUUCUCGGUCCGGAUCGCGCCCUCGUCUGCUUGUUGCGAAAGAAGUUUUUAUUUAUUCUGUGUGUGUCUCCUGCUGCUCUUCUCGAUUGGAGUGUGUAGUGUUGAAAAUUCGAAUGUUUUUAUCGUGUGACUACCGAAGGUGAAAUCGAGCGCUUCCCGUUCGUGGUGUCCUUGGGUGAGUGCGCAGGGAUCGGUGGGUCCGUGGACUAUGGAGGUGGAGUCUGCCUUCCCGUCGGAGAUGUGCUACCUGUCAGAGAAAAUGGGUGGAAAGCAAACCCAACAGCAACAGCAGCAGCCGAAUAACAACAACGGAAUGCUAGCUCCCAAAGCGGAACCCGAGGAUGAUGAUGAAUUGCAGCAGCGGCAUCAUCGGGAUGAAGAAGAGCGGUACGCUUACGCUGGGGAUGAUCCAGAUUCGAUAAAUGAGGGGAAUAGUAAUGGAAACUCGGACCAGUACGGAUUGGAGGAAGUCUACCGGACGGUUGAUAGUCAACGGUCGGGAGUUCAGUGGAUGAACGACGAUGACGAGAUCGAACAGUUAGAUCUGUCGGUGUCGAUCGAUCCGGCCCACAUAGUGUUCAAUCGGGUGGACAGCGCCGACAUAAUCUAUCAGGCGAAGCGGAAAAAGUGUAAACUCGUCGGGAAGUAUGUGAUGGGCGAUGUCCUCGGGGAGGGAAGCUACGGGAAGGUAAAGGAAGUCCUCGACUCGGAGACGCUGUGCAGAAUGGCUGUGAAGAUACUCACCAAGCGAAAAUUGCGACGCAUUCCAAACGGAGAGCAGAAUGUCCGGCGUGAGAUCAAACUACUGCGAAAGUUACACCACCGGAAUGUGAUUGAACUGCUCGAUGUGCUGUACAAUGAAGAAAAGCAGAAGAUGUAUUUGAUAAUGGAAUACUGCGUCGGAGGAUUGCAGGAGAUGUUGGAUUCCAUUCCGGAAAAGAAGCUUCCCAUGCAUCAAGCUCAUGAUUAUUUCGUACAACUGUUGGACGGACUGGAGUACCUUCAUGGGUGUGGCAUCAUCCACAAAGAUAUUAAGCCGGGCAAUUUACUGCUAACGUUGGAUCUUACUCUGAAGAUUUCGGACUUUGGAGUGGCGGAGGCCUUAGACGUAUUCGCUUCAAAUGACGACUGCACCACCGGACAAGGCUCACCAGCGUUCCAACCGCCGGAAAUCGCCAAUGGGCACGAAGUCUUUUCCGGUUUCAAGGUGGAUAUAUGGAGCACCGGAGUUACGCUGUACAACAUUACAACGGGUUUGUACCCAUUCGAAGGGGAUAACAUCUACAAACUGUUGGAAAACAUAGGAAGAUGUGAAUGGGUGGCGCCUGAUUGGCUGGAAAGCAGGCUGGCGGAUUUACUGACCAACAUUCUGCAGGCGGAUCCAACGAAGCGAUUCAGUCUGCAACAAAUUCGAAUCCAUGAGUGGUUCAAAUUUGCACCUGAGCCCACGAGCCCAUGCGUGCCCGUGCCCCCUUUGAAAGGGGACUUUAUACGACGUUCCACUGUAUUGCCUUACUUGGAAGCUCAUCACUACGAAGCGGAUCGGGACCAUGCCGGGAUGUACUUUACCGAGCACGAUAUUAACGAGGAAAUAGCCCGACAGCAGCAGCAGAGUGCUUCACUCGAUCCUCGCUACCUACAGAGUGGCGCUUUCGAUUCCCUAUCGUUCAACUCGGAUGACUAUCAGCAUCCGCCCUCGCAUCAGCAGUAUCCAUCCAACUACAAUCAUCAUAAUCACCAUCAUCACCGUCACCAGCCCCAUCAACAGCAGUAUCACAAUAACGGUAACAAUAGCAGCAGUAGCGCCGCCGCCAUGGCAGUCUAUUCCGGCGAGGGCGCCGGCGAUGUCGAAAGUGGCCAACGGGAAAGCCACCGGAAGAUGCGUAGCUUUUCGCUGUCGCCCAAGGUGAGCUCACGGCACGCGACCACUGUCUCCGCGGCGACGACAUCGAACGCUGCCAGCAAUUCCAAACGGUCACGGUCGCGGAAGCCCGUGUCCUGCAUCUCGUGGCGAAAGUGGUCCCACUGUCGACAAUCGUGAAAUAGCGACGACGAGG